CCCGGCAUUAAAAAUCGACAGUCACCUUGUGAUCGUGUGUCGCAGCAGUGAUCUUCAAAGAUACAUGUUACACGUGUUACACACGCUCUUAGAUCAUCUAUCGUAAUCUACUACAUCUUCAAUUAAGAAAAUAAAUAUGUGGCAUCAUAAUUUACAACUGGUGAUCAUCGGUUUCGUGGGGCUAUUCUCAGUGACGUUGGUUCAAUCGCAGGAAAGUUGCGUGAAUCCACUGGGUAGAGUCGGCAUUUGCAUCAAUGUCAGAGAAUGCGAGCCGCUCAUUGAGCUUCUGCGGAGAGAUGGUAAUUCGGCGGGAAAUUUUUUGAGGCGUUCAGUGUGUAGAUUCGAGGGUUCGAAUCCCAUUGUAUGCUGUCCAGGUGGUAAUAGAGAAUUUGAUGACGAUGACACCCCCAUUCCCCCUAAUCAGCCGAGGAUUACACAGCAAUCAAAUGGAUAUUGGCCCAUUUAUGCACCAGCAUGUGGUGCUAUUAACAAUAAGGAAUUGACCAGAGUUGUUGGGGGUGCGCCUGCAAAAUUGGGUGCGUGGCCUUGGAUCGCAGCAUUGGGAUACCGUUCAAAAACAGGGUCAAAUAAACCGCGAUGGCUUUGUGCUGGAAGUCUAGUGUCGGCUCGUCAUGUUAUAACAGCAGCCCACUGCGUACACCGUCUCCCUGAUCUUUAUUUAGUACGUUUGGGUGAUCUCGAUCUCGACGACGAUGUGCAGGAUGGUGCGAGCCCCAUUGAUGUUCCCAUUGAACAAGUACAUGAACAUCCGCAGUAUAGUGAAACUGCGUAUACUAAUGACAUUGCGGUGUUGAGACUAGCAUGGGAUGUUGAAUUUUCCGAUUUGAUCCAGCCAAUAUGCUUGCCGUUGCCUGAUGAUGUUUAUAAUAAGAAUUUCAUUAAUUCAUUGCCAUUUAUUGCCGGUUGGGGAUCUGUCUAUUUCCGGGGACCUAGUGCUAGCCACCUUCAGCAACUUCAAAUUCCUGUGGUCUCGACGGAAAGCUGCAAGUCAGCGUUUAGCCGUUUCAAAACAACAGUAAUUGAUGACCGAGUUAUCUGCGCAGGUUUUGCAAAGGGCGGCAAGGAUGCGUGCAAAGGAGACAGUGGGGGUCCGCUUAUGUAUCCAAAGAACAGAACCUUUUAUGCAAUUGGUGUAGUUUCGUUCGGCUAUCGGUGCGCCGAGCCCGGAAUUCCCGGUGUAUAUACGAGGGUCACUCGAUUUCUUGAUUUCAUCACGUCUCAUUUGAAUUAAAUGUGAGAGCUUUUUGUCAGAUGUUUACUGCAAUUAAUUUCAUGUUCAUGUCUUAGUCAUGUCCUAAUAUACGCUGAGUAGAUCGAAGAAUAAUAAAACAAUGUGUAAAUUGAACCGAAGAA